UCACCACGUCAUCGGCCAUGCCCCGCUCCCUACUCCCCGCGGAGCCCCGAGCGGGUCAGGGUCCCCUGUGACUGACAGGUUGGAAGGGGCGGGGCUUAAAGCCCCUGUUACUCCCCAGCCCCUGUCACUCCUCCAGCCCCUGUCACCCCCCAGCCCCCUUCCUCCAGCCCCUGUCACCCCCAGGCCCUGUCACCCCCAGGCUCUGUCACCUCCAGCCCCCCUCCUCUAGCCCUUGUCACCCCCAUUCCCUGUCACCCCCGGCCCCUGUCAUCCCAGCCCCUGUCACCCCAGCCCCGCUCCCCCAGCCCCUGUCACCCCAGACCCGCUCCCCCAGCUCCGGUCACCCCAGCCCCUGUUCCCCCCAGCCCCUGUCACCCCCAGCCAGUGGGCGGUCCCCCCAGCCUGACAGAGCCACUGACAGUGAUUGACAGCUUCCCCACGGAAGCCCCCUCCCAGCCUGAGAAGGCGGGCCCCGCACUCACCUGGGAUGGACAGGUGGUGCAAUGGGACGUCCCACAGCCGCGGGCACAGCUGCGACAUCCAGUCCGCCUGGUCUCCCAUGAGGGCUGCAGCUACGGCGGGGAAGGGGGGUGGGGGCGCAGUGAGUGAGGGGCGCGGCGCCCUGAGGGGUCGGGGAGUGGGGUCGGGGUGAUGGGUGGAACAGGGCAGGGCCGUGCAAGACAGAGCUAGAGGGGAAACUGAGGCAGGAGGCUGAACUGUGCUGAGAACCCGCGCUCCACACCCCUGUGCACACCCGGGGACCCCCAUUCCCGCCCCUGGGUGACCCCUGGACCCGCUUGCCACCACCUGUGACCCCGUGACCCUCACUGCUCCCCCAUACCGGGACCCGGGACCCGCACUCCCCCCACCAGUGUGACCCCGACCCACACCACCCCCCUGUGACCCUGGAAUUUGUGUUCCCCCCCACGUGUGACCGCGUGACCCGGCUGUCACUGACCUGCCCCCUGCAGGUUUCCACUCGCGACUGAGGAAGGGGAGCGCCGACGUCCACGCUGCCCGACCAGCCAGUCUGAGGCCCGCGCUCCCUCCCCAAAGACUGUGUCCCCGGGGGCGUGUCCUCCGUGAUGUCACGCACAGUCAGGGCACUGGCGCGCAUACCUUCGGUGCCUACUGUGUGCGCUGGGACGCAGCGCGUUCCUAUGCCCUGAGCCGGGACGUCACUCACCCCUCCCGCCCUCUCGGCUGUGGUCCGGGAUCGGGGGUCGGGGGGAUCGCGUGGGAACUGGUUCUGACCGGUUCGCUCUUCAGCCAUAACUCUACCCGGGCGGCAUCUGAGAUACAGAGGGGGAAACUGAGGCACCGCGUCCCUCCCUCGCCAGGCUCCACUGUGUCACAGGCUCCUCGAAGCCACCCCAAAGCCCCUGAGAUGGCUUCCCUUACGGGGUCGGGAGGCCCCGCAUUCCCCGGUCCUGGCUCCCGGGCCAAACCGCGAGGCUUUUCUCUUUCAUCCUUAGGCUACAGAGCAAAGUAAAUAAACUGUGUUUCCCGGGCCCUUUUAUUGGAACAUCGCCCGUCACAGCUGCGCAGGUUCGUGGAGAGGACCAAACCACGACUAAGUUGUCGGGGAAGUUCUGUACAGAUAAACCCAGGCGGCAUCUUACCAUCUGUCCUAGCGCCCACAGUAAAUCAUUAGUCCCCUUUUUAUGGCCUUUGCUUUUACAGCCUCCUGGAAUGUGUUCUGGGUAGCAGAAGCAAUGGGCUGCGGACAGAGCCUGGCAAAGCUCUCACUGCAGUCGCGACUCGGAAAGGACCUAAUAGCAGUCCCGCUAUAAAAGAGCUUAAUAAUCGCUGAUAUAAUUUUAGGAAUUCUUAGAAGAGCAUCACUAAGACGUAAGCACCUCGGGGAAAUCUCCAUAGAUCUGCAGAGCUCUGCUCCGAAGUGGGGACCAAUGCCCUGCGGUUAUGUUUGUACUAACAGGAAAAUCAUCUUAGUAACAGGAAUCCACCUCAAGAGUUCUGGUGGAUGCUGAAGAGCAGCUGAGACACAACACGGACUGAGCCGCUAUGAGCCAUUUCUGGGGAGGAAGAAGGGAAAGAGCCUACUGAGUGCUGCGAGGGGAGCUCAGGCUGAAGUCAGGACCUGGUGAGCACAGGGUCACUGCCCACACAGGGGAGGAGCAGGCGACUGAGCAGUGGUGGGUGGAGUGGUAGGGCCUCCCUGGGGCUGGUCCCGGAGACAGAUGGUUAGGCUAUCGGUGGACCGGCACAAGUGCUACAAUCUCUGCAGAUCUGGAAAAGAUCCGGUCCUGGACAGGAAGCCCAGGUCAAGAACCUCUACUGAGUCCCUUACUCACGCUCUAAUCCUAAGGAAGGUGCUCGUGCCAUUCAAGAUUCACUGGCCAAUCAAAGCCUCCAGUCGUGCCAAUCAGAAUAGGAGGCGGGAUCUUCUGCGACCACGCGGUGGCUUCUUCCCAGUAGCUGCACGGGCUCGAAUCCUCUGUCCUGCAACUGGAUGCUGUGGGGCGCGCUCAGGCAUGCUCUGCAGUUGUGGCAUGGAUGCAGUGACCUAUGAUGAUGUGCAUGUGAACUUGACUCGAGAAGAAUGGGCUUUGCUGGAUCCUUCACAGAAGAAUCUCUACAAAGAUGUGAUGCUGGAGACCUACUGGAACCUCACUGCUGUAGGGUACAAUUGGGAAGACCGUAAUAUUGAAGAAUAUUGUCAAAGUUCCAGAAGACAUGGAAGGCAUAAAAGAAGUUCUACUGGAGAGAAGCCCUCUGAAUAUACUCAGUGUGGUAAAGCCUUUGCAUAUCACAGAUAUCCUCAAAGGUGUGAAAGAAUUCAUACUGGACAGAAACCCUAUGAAGGUAUUCAAAAAGGUGAAUCCUCUGCACAUCACAGUAGUCUCCAAAUGCAUAAUAUAAUACCUGUGGGAGAGAAACCCUACAAAUGUAGUCAGUGUGGUAAAGCCUUUUCACAACAGAGUCAUCUCCAAGGACAUAAAAGGACACAUACUGGAGAGAAAACUUACACAUGUAAUCAGUGUGGUAAAACCUUUGCAGGACACAGCCAUCUCCAAAUGCAUAAAGUAACACAUACUGGAGAGAAAACUUACAAAUGUAAUCAGUGUGGUAAAGCCUUUGCAUAUCCUGGCUAUCUUCAAGUACAUAAAAGAACUCACACUGGAGAGAAACCCUAUGAAUGUAAUCAAUGUGGCAAAGCCUUUGCAUUUAGCACUAAUCUCCAAAUACAUAAAGCAACACAUACUGGAGUGAAGCCCUACAAAUGUAACGAAUGUGGUAAAGCCUUUGCACAACACAAUCAUCUCCAAAUGCAUAAAGUAACACAUACUGGAGAGAAAACUUACAAAUGUGAUCAGUGUGGUAAAGCCUUUGCAUAUCAGAGUUAUCUCCACAUACAUAAGAGAACUCACACUGGAGAGAAACCCUAUGAAUGUGAUCAGUGUGGCAAAGCCUUUGUAUGUCAUGGUUAUCUCCAAGUACAUAGAAGAACUCACACUGGAGAGAAACCCUAUGAAUGUGAUCAGUGUGGUAAAGCCUUUGCACAUCAUGGGAAUCUCCAAGUACAUAAAAGAAUUCACACUGGAGAGAAACCCUACAAAUGUAGUCAGUGUGGUAAAGCCUUUUCACAACACAGUCAUCUCCAAGGACAUAAAAGGACACAUACUGGAGAGAAAACUUACAAAUGUAAUCAGUGUGGUAAAGCCUUUGUAUAUCCUAGUUCUCUUCAAGUACAUAAAAGAACUCACACUGGAAAGAAACCCUAUGAAUGUAAUUAAUGUGGCAAAGCCUUUGCAUAUCCUGGUGAUCUUCGAAGACAUGAAAGGAUUCAUACUGGAGAGAAACCUUACAAAUGUAACUAAUGUGGUAAAGCCUUUGCAUGACACAGUCAUCUCCAAAUGCAUAAAGUAACACAUACUGGAGAGAAAACUUACACAUGUGAUCAGUGUGGUAAAGCCUUUGCAUAUCAUAGUUAUCUCCACGUACAUAAGAGAACUCAUGCUGGAGAGAAACCCUGUGAAUGUAAUCAAUGUGGUAAAGGCUAUUCACAAUCAGGUCACCUCCGAGUGCAUACAAGAACACAUACUAGAAAGUAACCCUAUGGAUAUAACCAACGUGGUAAAGUCUUUACAGGUCGGAAUGAUCUUCAGAGAUAGGGUGGUUUGAAUAUGCUUGGCCCAUAGCUAGUGGCACUAUUCGGAGAUGUGGCCUCUAAGGAACUGUGCACUGUGGGGCUGGACUUUGAGAUCCUAUGCUUAAGCUCCACCCAGGGCAGAAGAGUCUUCUCCUGGCCGCCUUCUGAUCAAGAUGUAGAACUCUCGGCUCCUACAGCACCGUGUUUGCUUGGACACUGCCAUUCUUCAGCCUUGAUGAUAAUAGACUGAAUCUGUACACCACCCACCAAUUAAAGGUUGUCCUUUAUAAGAGUUGCCUUGGUCAUAGUACAUUUUCACAGCAAUAAAAUCCAAAUUAAGACAAAAGGCAUAAAAGAUAUUACACCAGAGAGACCCCCUGUGAAAGUGUUGGAUAUAGCGAAGCCUUUGCACAUUUCUGUAGUCCUCACUAAAGCAGAAGUAUUCACACUUCCAUUCACUGAAACCCUGUGAAUGGAAGCAGUGUACAGCCUUUGCCCUUCACAGUUAUGUCUGGAUGCACAAAAGAACCCAUACUGGAGAAAAACCUUAUGGAUGUGGUAAAGUCUCUGUGUUUUGAAAUCUGCAUAGAUCCAUAACACUUCAAUGACCUGGUCAAAGUAAAGGCCAAGGGUUUGAUGUAGUGAGGCCGGGUGGGUUAGAAGGUUAGGGUUUAAGGUGGUUGUGGUUACAAAGUUUAGGGUUAGAGAGUUAGGGGGAUAGGAUUAGACGGUCAGGGCUGAGGCUAAGCUUAGGGACAGGUUAGGGGUGGAAGGGCAGUUCCGGGUCAUGGUUAGGUUAGUGUCAGGAGCCAACAAGCUAAUAACUGGCAGGUGAUCUUCCUGAGAUGGUUUUCCUUGGUAUAGUAAUCCAUUGCAGAUGUCCUCCCGUAGUCAGGGCCCAGGAGAAAAUCACUCUAGGAAAGAUUCCUGCUAUUAAUAUGCUUUUCCUGUCAUUAAACAUAUGGGACGAUCACUAGGUAUUAGCCCACCACUUUGAGCAGCUCUCUGCACAUUUGUGAAGAUUUUCUGUCUUGUAGUGAGGCUACGUAGAGAGAUAGAUGAUUUCUUGAUACUUAAUGAUGAUCCUAUAAGAAUUCCUGAAAUUAUAUCAGUAUGUGUUAAGAUAUUUUAUAGCAGGACUGCUAGUAAGUCCGUUCUGAUAGUGAAAACAGCAAUGAGAGCUCUGCCAGUUCCCCAUGUGUUAGCGGUUCAUUGCUUCUAGAUGGCAGUCAGAUUUUCUACCUCUCAGAGCACAUUCCAAGAGGUUGUAAAACCGUUCACCAAAAGUCAUCAAAAGGAACUAAUGACUUAUUUUAGGACAGAAGAUAAGAUAUUGACUGAGCUUAUCUAUACAAAACUUCACCAAUAACUUAGUUACUUGGUUUUAAAAUCUUGAUGAGCCUGUGGAAGCUGAGACAGGUGAUGAACGUUUAGCCAGGUAAUUUCUCCUAAUGGAUAUGCAUGUAAACAUUCACUGAUGUUAGCUUUUUAUUCAAUGUCUGAUUUAAAUUUCUGUGUAAACUUGUGCUCAACUCUUUAACAUGCGUUCUUCUAUUCUGAAAGAUGUAUAAGUGCUGACGACAAAGAGAGGAGAGCGAAAUAUUUUCCCUUAUGCCCCCUUUUCAUUCAUUCUGUUUUCCCCCUUUUGCUUAGAGAGCUUUCAUAGGAAACGUUUUACAACUUAGUAAUAAAUGCUAAAAUCACUUUU